CAUGAAACAGCACAGUCACAUUUCGAAAGCAGGUUUAGAUUUAGCUUCCCUUCCACAUAUAUGCAAAUUACUCCCCAGAAGUCAACGGCCGAAGGGGAAAAUAUUUGUGCUCACAAGCUCAAAUUGUUGCUAUUAAUUAGCAGCAUAAUUUUAAAUUCCAAUUCUCAUGCUAUUUAAAUUCAAGAAUUUUCAUUUUAUCUUUUAAUUAAAUAUUAUUUAUAGUGGGCCAUGAUCUUCUGCCUUAUCUUACAACAAAGUAAUCAUAUGGCCGCAUGAACAAUGGCAAAGUCCGACAACUUACUAAGUGAUUACUUGUGUGUAUUGGCCAAAUUUUUCACCUACCUGUCAAGUGUGACUUUUUGAAGCCAAAAGAAAAGAGAUCAGUUUUUCACGAUCCUUUUGUGGCCAUGAUGCUAGAGGUGACACCCAGAGGAGGUUGGCCUGGCCACUUUAUAUUUAAAACUACAAGAUGGCUACAAAAACAUGAUAAUGUGAAGGGCACAAAAUACAGCAGAUGCUUGAAAUUUCUUUUUAACAAGCUUACUUCCUAUUGCAUAAAUGAUUAUUGCUGCAAAAUUUAGUGUGAAGCUACGCGUACUCUGCUGUCUUAAAGAUUUGUCAAUGAGACGCAAUGCCAAGCUUGUUUGUCACAAGUUGAUUGCUGUAACCAGAGUAACUGGCAAUAUAGAAUUGAUCAAGAAGUGGGUGGAACUCCGGCGGUCACCGGCUUGUUUUGAAAACAUUGAUGCAGGCCUGACAAAGUCCCACUGAGUCAUGACUGGGAAACAUAUCAAGUUUGAUUAUUAAUUAUCUGCAUUAAUAACAGGCACUCAAAUGCAUUCUCAAGCAUGUUUUUAAUUUACUUGCACAAAUUUUACUUGUCCAUAUGACAAAUAGUGUGAAAAGUAAGUCAAAUUCUAUCCCUGCCAUUAUAUGCCGGCUAAACUAUGUUUUUGUUAUUCUCUCAACAGAACACUUAAUGGCCUCAACAGUUUUGUGAAACUUGAGGAACUCAUCCUUGAUAACAACCAGCUGGGAGAUGACAUGGAAAUUCCUGAAUUGACUCAUUUGCACACACUCACAUUAAACAAGAAUAGAAUAGCCAAUCUAGAUGUACUCUUGGACAAGAUUUCCAAGAAUCUCCCUUCGUUAAAGUACAUUAGUCUGCUAAAUAACCAAGCCUGUCCAAACGAGCUCUCAUCUUCACUCAGGGACGAGGAAGACUAUCAGCGAUACAGAUAUUACAUCCUUUAUCGCUUGCCGAAUUUAACAUUUCUCGACUCAAGACCUAUUAAAAAGGAGGAGAAGGAUGAAGCACAGAGAGUGGGUGCAUACAUGAAGAUUGUGGCUCCUUCCUCUGAUGAGUUGGCUUCUCAGUACGAAGAGAGCAUGGAAAGACCACAUUACACUCCAUUACCCAACAACUCCAUAACCCCAGGAGAUCACAGAGGAACCUUUGGGCGUAGCCGGUUCAUCUACCAAGGCAAGCAUUCAGAAGGAAACAGAUUUAUAAGAAACAAUGAACUUUAAGUCGUGUGGGCACUUUAAGUAUUAUUUUAUAACAAAUUAUUUUAGUUUUUAAGUUAAAGGCUGGGAGUACUGAAAAGAUGCAAUGGGAGAAUACAGUCAACCUCCUAUAAGUGGAUUGGCUUGGGACAUGAAAAAGUAUUCGUGUAAGGGAGUUGGCUGUGGGAUGGGAGGUCAUACAUGAAGUGUCUCGAUAAUUAUAUAAAGUGGCGACGAGAUGAUCACUAAGUGUCUAUUAACAAGAGGUGUCUGCCUUUGGGUGACCAGUGCAUUAGUGGGGUACAACUGUACAUGUUUGUCCUGGCACUUUGCCUCCCUCACAAUUCAGUGUGGUAUUCAAUAGGCUACAUAUCAGACUAAGCCAACUGCUGGUAAAGUUUGACUUCAAUGUAGGAUUAGGGUUUUAUUUUUAUGUCGCAAAAAUGAAACUUAAUAAGGUCUAACCAUUAGACUUGCUGACUGAAUGAGUCAAUCAGCAUUCUAAGCCAUAAUUCCUGUUUUAGAUUUUGCUCUGGAUUGUAUAGAGUUGUACAAGUGUUUUUUCUUUUUUUUUUUGAAGUUGCAGAACUCAGCUUACGCUGACAGUCAGCUAACAGUUAAAUGUAAAACCAUUUUUCAUGUUAACGAAUUAUUAUUAAAGAAGACACAUGUGUUGCCUAUA